AUGAGUCAUCCGUAUUUCACGUCGUCGGUUGUUCAUGGAUAUGGUACCCCGCACACAACUGGUAUGUCUUUCACUCAUUCAAUGUCGAAUGAACCUGUAACUCUGACUUUUGUCCGAGAGACUCAACUUUCCGACCGUGAAUCCCCAAUUGAGAUGGUCAAUUUAGAAAAAACGGUUUCAAAUGCUGAGGGUACAAGAAAGCGUUCAAGUUGGACAAAGGUUGAAGACGAGGUCUUAGCGAGAAGUUUUGUCACUAUCAGUGAUGAUCCAAUAAUCGACAAUGAUCAAAAGGCGGAUGCUUUUUGGGGACGUGUUGCAAGCUACUACAAUGAGAAUCUUCCCCUAGAUUCAAACACCAGAAGUGCAAAUGUUAUACGUGGUCACAACAACGAAGAUAUAUUGAGGUUUGCGUACGAAAAAUAUCGAUCUGAAAAUAAUGGCGUUGCAUUCAAUCUCGAACAUGUGUGGAGAAUUGUCAAAGACCGUCCAAUGUUUACUCCACAGUCUGCUGAUCACUUUGUGGCUACAAAGAAGACGAUGACCUCAAAGUCGGGAGCAAGCAACACCUCCUCCAACCAAGGUGUGAGUAUAGACCUGGAUUGA